ACUGGGCUGCUGCGCCCGCGCAGGCGCCGUGAGUUUGGUGCCAUCUUUGUUGUGGGUACCGGAGGCAAGCGAGCGUCCUGCCGCCCGGAGUUGGAUGGUGCCACCGUCCCCUUUAGCGAUUGCUCCUGUCUGCUGCCGAGGCCGGACGGUGCAGGCGGGAUGGCGGAGCGCGGCGGCUCCUCGCCCGCGGGGGGCUCCGGCCGGACCUGGUGCCUCAGGCGAGUGGGGAUGAGCGGCCAGUGGCUCCUGCUGGAGAGCGGCGGCGAGGUAACUAUAGGCCGAGGAUUUGGUCUCACCUACCAGCUGGUCUCAAAAACCUGCCCACUGAUGAUCUCUCGUUACCACUGUGUUUUCAAGCAGAAUGCACAAGGCCAGUGGACAGUUACAGACAACAAGAGUUUAAAUGGUGUUUGGUUGAAUAAGGAACGUCUUGAUCCAUCAAAGGCCUAUCCAAUAGGUGAAGGAGAUCAUAUUCAACUAGGAGUGCCUUUGGAUAACAAAGAAACUGCUGAAUAUGAAUAUGAAGUGAUUAAGGAAGAAUGGGAGAAAGUUAGUCCAUUUUUAGCCCCGAGGAAUGACCAACUGAUGGGGAAACCUAAGGGUGCAAGAACUAAACGUAAACUUAGUUUGGAGGAAUCAGAGGCAUCUGGAGUAGAAGGCCCUUCGAAUUCAAGAUCUAAAAGGGACAGAGUGUCCAGCGAUAGUGAACCUUUGGGUAUAUCAUGGGGGAGGGCAGAACUGGCCAAACAGCCAACAGAAAACAUGGAUGUCAAGCUACCUUCUCCUGGACCAAGCAUGGAGGAGGAUAAAGCUACAGUGUAUUGUAAUCCUAUGAUCGCUGAGAAAGCUAUAUCUCUUAGCCAUAAGGACCAGAAAGCCUCUAGCCUGGCACAGUCUUGGACUGGUUUGGAAAUGCUGAGGAAAACCCUGGGAAAUAUAAUGAGGCUGAAAGUCAAGGUGGACGAGAAGCAGACAGCUGUUUUGAGUGUGAAGAAGAGCAGGAAGUCCGGCCAAAAAGAGAUCAGGGUGAUGGAGCAGGAGCUGCAGGAAUUGCAGGACCAGUUGUGCACUGAACAGGAACAUCAGCAGCAGAGGGUGCAACAACUGGAGAAGAUAUUCUAUGAGGAGCAGCAGCAGCAGCUUCUGGAGGGAGUGAAGAAGCAGCAAGGGGAAGAAAAUCUGAAGGAGCAACUGGCCCAGGUUCUGCAGGAGCAUCGUGCCCUGAUGGAUGAGCUGAGCCGUAGCAAGAAGGAUUUUGAAGAGAUCAUUCAAGCUAAGAAUAAAGAGUUGGAAGCGACUAAGGAGGAGAAGGAGAAGGCGAGAGCGCAAAAGGAGGAGGUUUUGAGUCAGAUGAAUGAUGUACUGGAGAAUGAGCUGCAGUGUACAAUCUGUUCUGAACACUUUAUUGAGGCUGUCACUCUGAACUGUGCACACAGCUUCUGCUCCUACUGCAUCAAUGAAUGGAUGAAACGUAAAGUGGAGUGUCCCAUCUGCAGGCGGGAGAUACAAUCCAAGACGCGUUCCCUGGUUCUGGACAACUGCAUUGACAGGAUGGUAGAAAACUUGAACUUGGAGAUGAAGGAGCACCGCCUGGCUCUCAUCCGAGAGCGCAAAGAUCCUCCUUGGUGAAACAGAAUGACAUCACUAAACAUUGUCAAUGCUAACCUGAAAAAAACCACCUUUAGCCAAAUCAGUCUGAUUCCCUCAGAAAAUGCUGCACUGCUCAGAGGCUUUCCAGCACUGCUUCAUGGAUUGCUUUCAUCUCUGCAGAACUGACUCUGCUCAGGUGUAAUAGCCUAAUAUGCACAUCUGUAGAGUACACCAAAGCAGCAUUGAAGUGUCUUGUCGUGGAGUUAACGGUGACCAGAUGAAAUGGUGUCUUUAUGGGAAUCCACUUCAUUCUCACGUACAGGAAAUCAGUGGUUCUCAAACAUUUUAUCCUUUCCUCAGGCCCCACCUUCAUGUGAGCCCAAUACAGUGUUUAACUAUUAAUUGAAUACUACGGAAAAGAAAGCGUUAUAAUAGCCUUUAUUUUGACACAUUUCAGUGAGAUGGAUGAGCUUGUUUCUAUGCAGUGGUGGAAAGAUUGGCUGAAACUGGAAUGAGCUCCAGUUAUACAUGGAUUCCAGAAGGGAACUGGCUGGGAGACAGGCUCAACAGGGAAUGAUUAGUUAUAUUUCAGUAGUACCUAGGAACUCCAGUCAAAGAUUAGGGCCUCUGCAAACAAGUAACAGCAGACAAUCCCUGCCUCAGCAGGCCCAUAGUUUCCAGAGGCUUGAAUGGAGUCCUUGUUGUCCUCCAAAGUCUUUUGCUCCUUGAUGCCCCUCUCUGACUUUGUUCCUUUUCACCCUCCUUACUCAUAAGGCCCUGAGGUAGCCAGCUGCUGCAAUCUCCUCUGGUGACUUCACAUUGAUUGGUACCAACAAGGGAGCAUUUGGUUGGGUACCAACAGGGAGAGCAUUAACAAGAGGUGAAGAGAAUGUCUCCUUGCCCUCAGUGCUAUUCCUGCAGCCCUGUUGGAACUGGAAUACGCAUACAAGAAAUCAAAGAAAAUCCCAUUCAUGUUGUUUUUUCAAGAUUAUAAAUAGAAAAGACAAGCCCCACCCAGAUGGUCUCCAGACCUACAGCUUGAAAAACUUGCUGUAAAGCGUACGGUGUGGCAGUAAGAGGAGGUACUAAAGUUUCAAAGAGAAUUCUAGCAAUUAGCACUGACUGUAAUCUAGCCACCAGCUAACUACAGUAUCUGUGUAUGUUUUGAAUGCAGAGAAACAGGAUGUCUUAGUGAACCCAGCCACGGACAGUGAGAGCAGUAUCAUUUCUUCUAUCUAUUCCAUCUUGUCGAUGAGCAGUUAUGACAGUGAUGACUUUGAGGAGGACUCUGACUACGAUGAUAUCUAUGAUAUCUAUGGUAUCUGAACUCCCAUAUCACAGACUGGAUUGCCUGUGAGCCAUGCAGAAUCAACCCAAGUGUGCUUGGAUCUACUGCUGUCAGAGGUGAAUGGACUGGAUGUUUGGAAAGAUAGGCGUUGAACAGCCUGGAAUUCGAACUGCAGACGAAGAGUGCUUAUCAGAGCACUGUUUUUGUUUUUAAAUGAAUGUAUAAUUUCUUGCCCUCUAAAGCAUACAAACUGGAAUUGUGGGGGUAAACUAAUGCGUGUCAUGCUAAGUAUGUUUACAUACAAACUUUGAUUUCCAUGAUCACUUGUGACCUGAUCAGUAGAAUAACGUCCUGGUUUCCCUGCAUGCUCCACUGCUUGUCUGCUGGGUUGAAUUACACCUAUUCAGAUGUUUGUCUGUUUCCUUUAUUUCAGCUAGUGGAGAGAAUGGAUAGAUAUUUGAGCAGGCCUGCCAUUCCAUCCAGCAGAUAGCAGAGGUACACCUAAUACACCAGUACAGUGCCAGUUUAAUAUGGGUUUUUCCUGUGUGAUUUUACAUGACAGCUUGACUCAUGCUUGUCUUUGUGUCGUUAAGCGGUAACACUUGGCUGACUGUACCUGUACCGUCCUUGGAUCCUAGAAUGCUCAGUUCAUUGUAGGUUGGAGUGCUGGGUCUCUGGCUACUCUACCGAUGUCACUUAUUUUCUGUUAGGUAGAGAUGGAGAAGACUGAAUUACCCAAGUGUCAGCCUUAACCAGUGCUGUACUCUUGCUCACAAAGCAUCUUAGUCAUUCUCUUUCCAGGCCUUUUCCUGCUUAAAGGAGGCGGGAAAUGAGCACAUCUAGGAACAAUAACUUAAAAAACCUAGUCAGUCCCUGUCAGAAGCAGAGAGAACUUUUAUCUCUUCAGAAGUGCUGCUGCUAUUUGAGUUAAUGGAAUGUCCGGUGGUCCUGGUGGGGAGGUAGCAUCUGUGGCAAAACACAAGGCAAGAAGGGGGAAAGUACUGUAUCUACAUAUUUUUACUGUUUACAAAAUGUUGCUGUUUAGCUGAGACAUAACACUAGCCUUGCAGCAAAGAAAAUCCUCACUGAAGAGCUGGUGAACAAAUCUUGCCUCGUUUUUGCAAGCACCUGACUGUGAAGUUCUGUUUUCAUUGGCCUAUAUACUUGAGUUAGUUUUGUUAGCUGAAAGGUACUGUUUGAGUGUGUGAGAGAAAAAAAAACACAUUUAUCUUAGUAGUAUUUCUCUAUCCAUGUGUACGUAUAUACCCGUUUCUGUAUUUCUCCUGCUUCAAAGAAGAGAAAUGUGAACCCACUUCUGCUGUUCUGCCUGCCACACCCAGAGACACAAACUUCAUUCUGCUAAUUACUUUUGACUUUAAUGAUAAAAAUGGGUCCUGAUCUCAUUUUUAUAGAUCUGGUUGCUUAACGUUAAAAACAUUUUCCCUUCUGAUAGUCAUAGCAGCCUUAGCAUUUUACUGUUGUUAUGAAGUUAUUCCAAAAGACUCGUUCAUUCAGGGAGUUGUAUGAUAAAUCACACAGACCAUUGUGCCCUGCAUUUGUUGGGGCAGAUAAGCCAACAAUUUAAUAUAGUUAAAACACACAGCACCCUAACCUUGGGGAUGUAGUAUUUCUUAAUUUAAACUAUCCUGUGCUAAAGAAAGGACUACUCCAGGAAUGUGUGAAGGGUGCUGCCAUUCCAUGAGGCAAGUGUGUCCUCCUGACAUGAUUUGUGUGAUCAGGAUUGUAAUAGGGACAAAAUGUCUGAUCUGGGAACCAAGGUGCAGGUAACUGUCACCUUCCUUAAACUUCAGUAUAAGGUUUCUCUCCUGCUGUGGAGGAGCCAACACUACCUUGAGGUUUUCUGCUCUCCUGUGCUCUUGACAUUCAGUUCCUACAUGCAUAUUCUCUUUAGAAGUGCUAGUCACUUGCGGGGGAGGAGUGUCGAUAGAGGAUUGGGAAUGGUUGACACUAACCCAGGUCUCUCUGUGGAAGAAGGGGAUCUGUUUCCAUCUAACAUGGGAUAAACUAUCGGGAGCCCAAGGAUUACAGAUUUCUUCUAUCUGAUGUAUUUUGCCAUGUUGCUGUAUUAUUCUUUCUGCCUGUUUUAUUUUUACUAAAUAUAUUUAUUUUGCUUCUUUGCUA